AUGACGUGGAAAUUCUUCAAAAGCACAUCACAUUACGAAAACAAUUCCAACUGUACUGAACUAUUUCGAAUAAGGUUAAAACUUAGAGUCAUGGCCGCCGACAUUGGCAUCUUGGGCUUAAGCAGAAAUGUACAAUGGCGAAGAAGGAGGAAAACGACUGAUCGCGGCAGAUCGAGUGAGAGAGGGAAAGUAGUUGAAGAGAAGCAGAAAACAUUAACGUCUUCUGCUGUUGUGUGUUGUCAAAUCGCAAAAAAAUUAGAACUGGAAACGAGUAGAGUGAGGAAACGACGAGGUAGGUGA